CGCGGUCGCAACAGACUAUCGCUCUCCAGGGUGUUUUACGUAGCAGGUUUUUCAUUUGGGACAGGUGAUUAAAUUGAAAGCGUGAACUUAAUUAGCAUUUUUUAAAACUAUGGACGUGUGUUAUUUUAACACCGAUGUGACCUUGUCCAGAAUGUUUUCUGGACAAUUGGUUCUCUUUUAUUUUAGAUAUUAAUCCGGAGCGACAGCCAUACACGCAAGAGCAGUGAUGGCCCCGCUGCUAUUUAUUCCAGUAAAUGGACUAUGAGGACAGGAAGCGCUCCGGGUGAGGAGUAUCAGAGAGGAGGAAGAGGAGCAGUGGGAUAAAGGGUUCGUCCAGCCUGACUCUCCCGCGUCGGCGCAGCGGCGGCUCGGUUAGCAGAGGACUCUGAGCGCAGCCCCCCGGAUCGGCGCGCAUGGCCCGGUUCUGAGCCCCUCAGCCCCCGCGCAGACCCCCUUCCUCUCUGCCGGCGGAGCGCCGGAGCGCGCGGCCGCCAUGGAGAAGACGUACUCCCUGACGGCGCACUACGACGAGUUCCAGGAGGUGAAGUACGGCGGCCGGUACAGCAGCGGCACGCUCAGCAACGGCCUGACCCUGCACCUGGGGGGCGGGGUCGACGGGGGAGGCGGCGGCGGCGGGCGGGGCCGGGGAGGGAGCGCGCGCAGCAAGGAGCAGGGGGGCGGCGGCGGCCUGCCGCGCUGGAGCCGCAGGGAGGUGUGCCUGCUGUCGGGCCUGGUGUUCGCGGCGGGCCUGUGCGUGAUCCUGGGCAGCAUGCUGACGCUCAAGUACCUGUCCCUGGAGCAGGAGGGGCACUGCCGCGAGGACUGCCAGCGCAAGAAGGCCCUGCUCAAGGCCUCCCGCUUCAUCUCGGCCAACAUCGACCCCACCAUCGACCCCUGCGACGACUUCUACUCCUUCGCCUGCGGGGGCUGGCUGCGUCGCCACGGGAUACCCGAGGACAAGCUGAGCUACGGCAUCAUCACGGCCAUCGGCGAGCAGAACGAGGAGAAGCUGCGGCGCCUCCUGCUGCAGCCCGUGCGCCGGCGCGGCCCCGACUCGGCCGAGCGCAAGGUGAAGGAGUUCUACCGCUCCUGCGUGGACCUGCAGGAGAUCGACCGGCUGGGCUCCGGCCCCAUGACCGCGGUCAUCGAGAGCUGCGGGGGCUGGGACCUGGCCGAGGCGCCCCCCGGUGGGGCCGGCUGGGAGAGCAGCGAGGCCCCCCAGCGCCCCGAUUUCAACGAGAUGCUGUACAGGACCCAGGGAGUGUACAGCACCGCCGUCUUCUUCUCCCUCACCGUCAACGUGGACGACAAGAACUCCUCCCGCAACGCCAUCCGGAUCGAUCAGGAGGGUCUGACAUUGCCUGAGAGGACUCUCUACCUGGGACAGGAUGAAGAUAGCGUAAAGAUCCUGGCUGCAUACAAGGCGCUAAUGGAGAGACUGCUGAGCAUGCUGGGAGCACACAACGCCACUCAGAAAUCCCGUGAGAUUCUGCAGCUGGAGACUCAAUUGGCCAAUAUAACCGCAUCAGAGUUCGAUGAGCAGAGGAAAGACAUCAGCACCAUGUACAACCGCAUUACCCUUCGCCAGCUGCAGCGCAUCGCCCCCAGCGUCCACUGGAAACGUCUGUUGGACAGAAUCUUCCAUGAUAACUUCUCAGAGAAUGAGGAGAUUGUGGUCCUUGCCACAGACUAUCUGCAGAAGGUCUCAGACAUCAUCAAAACCACCUCAAAAAGGGUCCUGCACAACUACAUGCUGUGGCGCAUCGUGGCGGCCCUGAGCGAGCACCUGUCCACGGCCUUCCGCAGCACCAUCCACGAGUUCUCGCAGGAGAUCGACGGGACGGAGCGGCAGCUGGAGCUGGGCCGGCUCUGCCUCACGCAGGCCAACAAGCACUUCGGCAUGGCCCUGGGGGCGCUCUUCGUCCAGGAGCACUUCUCCUCCCACAGCAAGGCCAAGGUACAGGAGCUGGUAGAGGACAUAAAGCACUCCCUGGAUGUCCGACUCCAGGAGCUGGACUGGAUGGAUGCGGAGACCAAGGAGGCCGCGAGGGCAAAGCUGCAGUACAUGAUGGUAAUGAUGGGAUAUCCAGACUUUCUGCUGAAGCCAGAACUGAUUGACGAGGAGUAUGGGUUUGAAGUGAACGAGAAGACCUAUUUCAAAAACGUCUUGAACAGCAUCAAGUUUAACAUCAAGCUUUCGGUGAAAAAAAUCCACAAGGAAGUGGACAAGACGGCGUGGCUGCUGCCCCCUCAGGCUCUCAAUGCAUAUUACCUCCCCAACAAGAACCAAAUGGUUUUCCCUGCUGGAAUUCUGCAGCCUACACUUUAUGACCCUGAGUUUCCACAGUCUCUCAACUAUGGAGGCAUAGGAGCCAUCAUCGGACAUGAGCUGACGCACGGAUACGACGACUGGGGGGGGCAGUACGACCGUCAUGGCAACCUGAAGCAGUGGUGGACAGAGGAGUCCUUCCGGAAGUUUCAGAAGAGAGCCGAGUGCAUCAUAAAGCUGUACGACAACUUCACCGUCUACAACCUGAAGGUAAAUGGGCGUCUGACUCUGGGGGAGAACAUCGCUGACAUGGGCGGCCUAAAACUAUCCUACUACGCAUAUCAGAAGUGGGUCAGAGACCAUGGUCCAGAGAGACCCCUACCUGGACUCAAAUACACCCACGAGCAGCUCUUCUUCAUUGCCUUCGCGCAGAACUGGUGCAUGAAGAGGCGAGCCCAGUCCAUCUAUCUGCAGCUGCUGACAGAUAAGCACGCACCUGAGCACUGCAGGGUUAUUGGAAGUGUGUCACAGUUUGAUGAGUUUGGCCGCGUGUUCCACUGUCCGAGUGGCUCCCCCAUGCGCCCGGUCGACCAGUGUUCUGUGUGGUGACCCGAUCCACAGCCCUUCCACGGGGACCGACCGUCAGAUCCAGCCCCUCUUCAGUCCGUCAUCCCGUUUUUCCCCUUAUUUUAGAACAUGCCUUAACUGGGAAUUAUUUAUAGUCAAAACAUAAUGAAAUACACACACGCACCUUCUGUUACUCUGCCACUAGUCCAUUAUCUACUUUCAUUAUAAUUAUUGUUAUUAGUUACGCUUGUCAUUAUCAUUAUUAUUGUAUAAGUGGAUUAUCAUGAUUACCUGUAUUUAAUUUCAUGUACCCAUCCUAUCAUGAUAGUGUCACUUCAGAACAAUAGCUAUCGUGACAUUGGUCAUUUCACUUUGGCUCUGUUUGGCGUGUUAGCUCGCCUUGCAUGACUGGGAUGUGGAUGGUCUUGCCAAUCACAGUAAUGAUUUGUGCUGGGUUAUGUGGUUAAACCUGUUCCGGCAGGAACUAAACCCAAGUUAGGACCCAGGCUAAGGAGUCCACUGUACUGGAUCCAGCGCUGGAGGGCCUGCAGGCUCUGAGGCUGUUGGUACUGGAUGACGAGUGUCAGGUCGGGACUGGACUGGGACCAGUGAACUCAUCCAACGAGAGGACAUUUCCCGGACGUUUGUUGAUACAGUUCCCUCCGGUGGCUCGGUGUGAACAGGCAGAGUCACGCAUGCUCUGGAGGACCCGUGACGGAGUGCCGUGUGCAGACGGCGCUGGGAGACACGGAACACGCGUCGCGCCCGUUUAUUGUGUGCUCGUUCGUGGCGUGGGAUUGCUGUCCUCGUUGGGAUUUCUGUGAAAUUUGAAGUCGCUGUUGCGCUGAUGUUUUUGUGUUUCGGUUGUUUUCGCUGACUCCAGGCGUCCUGUUGCUUGUAUUUGUUAAAGGCGGGUGCCAGACCUAACCCAAACUCUUCUAAUCCACGCACAAUUUGUCAGCAGAACAUGGGUGCGUUUACAUUACAUUAUCCUUACGUUGAUGACACUCACCUGUGGAGUGUGUGUGUGCGCGUGCGCGUGUGUGGCAGUGCACACCAUUUGGUGGCUUGAACAUCGAUCGCAUUCUGUUGGACAGCACUUAUCCUAAACCCUUCCCGACUCCCAACCUUCCCAGAGGAAUUCAUUGUUUCUUGUCUGCACUGUGUGAACAUUUUGCUUCAUUUUACAAGAAACAUUCCAUUUAUUAAAAAAUAAAAAAAAUCUAUAUGUAUAUUACAUAAAAACAGUGUAUCCAAUCAUAUGCUGUCUAAUAACAAAGGACCAUACAUUUAUACACUGAAUAUUAAAAAAUAUUUAAUUUUAUAUUAAAAAAAUACUCAAAGAAUGAUUCCUUUGUACAGAUAUAUACAUAUACAGCAGGAAUAAGAUAAUUGUACAGUUGUUACUAUGAGAAAGCAUGUUUCUCUUCAUGUUUAGUACCAGCAUCCUUGUCUCAAAGAUUGUGGCUACGUUUUGCAGCAUCCACUGCUGAGCUGCUAUCUCAUAUUUGCUGUAAUUUUGUCUGUUGAAUAAAUGCACAGAGUAACAGUUCCAGGUAUGGAGUAUUCAGUGUUUGGGGUGCCGUCUAAGGCCAAACAAUGCAGAAAGCAGGGAAAGGAUAACUGUGUAUGUUCUGC